UUCUCAGAAAAUCCGUCCGGCCGCUGCUGGGCUUUAAAAGGGAGUGAGGCGCGGUCGAGGUGGCACCGCGCUGGGAGCUGAGCCACCAGCAUGACGGCGGAGGAGAGGAGGAAUCUGCACGCCUUCCAGGACUAUGUCAUCAAGAUUCUGGACCCUACCUAUAUCCUGAGCUACCUGUCCCCCUGGUUUAAGGACGAUGAGGUGCAGUAUAUUCAGGCUGAGAAAAACAAUAAAGGCACGAUGGAGGCUGCCUCACUUUUUCUUAAGCUCCUAUUGGAGUUGCAGGAAGAAGGCUGGUUCCGUGGCUUUUUGGAUGCCCUUGCUCACACAGGUUAUUCUGGACUUCAUGAAGCCAUUGAAAGUUGGGAUUUCCAAAAAAUUGAAAGGUUGGAGGAGUAUAGAUCACUUUUAAAGCGUUUACAACCAGAAUUUAAAACUACAGUUAAUCCAAAAGAUAUCCUUCCUGAAGUAUCUAAAUGUUUAAUUAGUCAGGAGUGUGAAGAAAUUAUGCAGGUGUGUUCCAACAAGGGGUUGAUGGCAGGUGCAGAGAAGAUGGUUGAAUGCUUUCUCAGAUCGGACAAGGAAAACUGGCCCAAAACUUUGAAACUUGCUUUGGAGAGAGAAGAGAGCAAGUUCAGUGAACUCUGGAUUGUGGACAAAGAUGCAAAGAAUAUUGAAGUGAAAGUUCUUGAGGAUGAUGAAAUGGAAACUUCUGAAAUACAGAUUUUCUACAAAGAAGAAUCUGAAUGCCAGAAUCUUAGUCAGAACUCAUGUCCAUCUUCAGAAGUCUCUCAUAUUUACACUCCAGUGAAGCCAAGAAAUUACCAACUAGAGCUCGCUUUCCCUGCUAAGGAAGGCAAAAACUCAAUAAUAUGUGCUCCUACUGGUUGUGGAAAAACCUUUGUUUCACUUCUUAUAUGUGAACAUCAUCUUAAAAAAUUUCCUCAAGGACAAAAGGGGAAGGUCGUCUUUUUUGCUAUUCAACUCCCAGUGUAUGAACAGCAGAAAUCCGUGUUCUCAAACUAUUUUGAAAGACUUGGGUACAAAGUUGCAGGUGUUUCUGGAGCAACGUCUGAGAAUGUCUCAGUGAAACAUAUUGUUGAGAACAAUGACAUCAUCGUUUUAACUCCACAGAUUCUUGUGAAUAGCCUUAAAAAUGGGACUAUUCCAUCACUCUCUGUCUUUACUUUGAUGAUAUUUGAUGAAUGUCACAACACUGGGAAACAGCAUCCUUAUAAUAUGAUCAUGUUUAAUUAUCUAGAUCAGAAACUUGGAGGAUCUUCAGACCCACUGCCUCAGGUCAUUGGGCUGACUGCCUCAGUUGGCAUUGGGGAUGCCAAAGACACAACAGAAGCCGUGGAAUAUAUCUGCAGACUGUGUGCUUCUCUUGACACAUCAGUGAUAGCAACAGUCAAAGACAACUUGGAAGAACUGGAAGAAAUUGUUUAUAAGCCCCAAAAGUUUUUCAGGAAAGUGGAAUCACGGACUACUGACAGAUUUAAAUGCAUCAUAUCUCAGCUGAUGAGAGAGACAGAGAAUCUGGCAAAGAGUAUCUUUGGUGAAAUCGGCACCAUAACUCUCGAAAAUAUAUCUGAAAUUCAAAAUAGGGAAUUUGGAACACAGAAAUAUGAACAGUGGCUCAGUACUGUUCAGAAAGCAUGCACGGUGCUUCAUUUGCCUGACAAAGAUGAAGAGAGCAGGAUUUGUAAAGCACUGUUUUUAUAUACUUCCCAUUUGCGGAAAUAUAAUGAUGCCCUCAUUAUCAACGAGCAUGCACGAAUGAAAGAUGCUCUGGAUUACUUGAAAGACUUCUUCACUGAAGUCCGAGCAGCAGGAUUUGAUGAGAUUGAGCAAGAUCUCACUCAGAGAUUUGAAGAAAAGCUGCAGGAACUGGAAAGUGUUUCUAUGGAUCCCAGCAAUGAGAACCCGAAACUCACGGAUCUCUGCUUCAUCUUGCAAGAGGAGUACCACUUAAACCCAGAGAGUAGAACCAUCCUCUUUGUGAAAACCAGAGCACUUGUGAAUGCUUUGAAGAAAUGGAUUGAAGAAAAUUCUGAACUCAGCUUUCUAAAACCUGGCAUAUUGACUGGACGAGGCAAAACAAAUCAGAACAUAUCAGGGAUGACACUCCCAGCACAGAAGUGUGCAUUGAAUGCAUUCAGAACUAAUGGAGAUAAAAAGAUUCUGAUCGCCACCUCCGUUGCUGAUGAAGGCAUUGACAUCGCUGAGUGCAAUUUGGUCAUCCUGUAUGAGUAUGUGGGCAAUGUCAUCAAAAUGAUCCAAACUAGAGGCAGAGGAAGAGCAAGAGGUAGCAAGUGCUUCCUUCUGACUAGCAAUGCCGAUGUAAUUGAAAAAGAAAAAAUGAACAUGUGCAAAGAAAAAAUGAUGAAUGACUCCAUUUCAAUGCUUCAGACAUGGAAUGAAGCAGUAUUUAAAGAAAAGGUUCUCCAGAUACAGAUUCAAGAAAAAUUCAUCAGGGAUAGUCAAGGAAAAGUAGAACCUGUACCAGAUAAGGAAAAUAAAAAACUACUCUGCAGAAAGUGCAAAGCCUUUGCAUGUUACACAGUUGAUAUCAGAGUGGUGGAGGAAUGCCAUUACACUGUGGUUGGAGAUGCUUUUGGGAAGUGCUUUGUGAGUAAAGCGCACCUCAAACCAAAGAGCUUUGGACAUUUUGAGAAGAGAGCAAAGAUCUACUGUGCCAGACCGAACUGCAGCCAUGACUGGGGAAUCUGUGUCAAGUAUAAGAAAUUUGAGAUUCCACUUAUAAAAAUGGAAAGUUUUGUGGUGGAGGAUAUUGUAACUGGAGCUCAGAAACUGUAUACGAAAUGGAAGGACUUUCAUUUUGAGAAGAUACCAUUUGAUGCUAAGGAAAUGUUCAGAUAACCUAGGUGCCUCAUUCUCUAGCUACAGGGAAUGGAUGACCCUGACAAGAAAUUAGCCCCAGUGGAUACAAUCACAGAUUGCUUGUACCAUUGUGAAGGUAUUUUUUGCAAGGCUUGUAUCGAACUAUACUAUCUAUCCCUUAACUUCACCCUGUUUAUUGUUUUCUGUAGGCCAGUAAAGCUCUAAGUACUUGGUGAAAAUUAAAAAGCCUUCUUUCUAUCCUUCCCUUCACAACUGGUUGCCGAUGUACACCCAGUGGCCACCAGUACACACUGGAAGGAAUGAAAGAAAGGUUGCAAAUUUUUUUCAUACUUCCCUUUCUUUCCUUAACCUACUACCAUAAACUGACUUUUGCCCUUAAUCUACUGAAAUUGUUCUUAAGACCAGUUGACUCUGAUUGCCAAUCCAUUGGACACUUCUUAGGCCUUCUCUCUUUGAUUUCUUUAUUGCUUUUGGCCCUGUUGAGUAUUCUUUUCCUGGAAGCCCCUUGGCUUCUAUUUCUUAUAGCUCUGUCACAGUCUUUCCUAUUGAUUCCUCUAUGCUGAUCUUUUAAACACUGACGGUUCUAAGGGUUCAGUAAAUAUUCAAAUACAGAGGUAUAACAGUUACUCAUAUUUUCUAUUUAUCAGUGUGUGGCAUGUAAUCUUAAAAUUCUGUAGGAUAACUUUCAGUAAUGGGAGCAUGUAAAUGAUCUAGUUUUUAAGAAAUUUGAUUUCUGUUCUUAUAGUUUAUUGUACAUCUUGUCCUGUUUGUUUCCUUAAACUGUGUGCCCUUGUUCCCUUUGAACGGUCAUCUCAAGCCAUUUUGUAAUAAUAGUUGAUGGUCAACACUUGGACUCUGUUCUCAGGUGCCUUGGAUGAAACUGAGGAGAUAAAUUUGGCUGUCCUUUCCACUUAAAAAGUUAGAAUAUGUAUUCAAAUGGCAUUCUUGUGUCACUAAACAAGGUUGGAUGAUGUCCUGAGAGCUUAGUUUAGGGUUGUCCAGACAUGGGGACAACUGCCUGAAUUUUGCUGCUCCCAUGCAGGCCAAGGUAUUUUGUGUUCAAUUCAGGAUAGGCUCUGUAGUAACUAUUUUCCUAAACAGAUUCAGAUUAGUUGUUUGUAAUUCACUAGAACCAUCAAUGGCUUAAACAAACCUUCAAACAUCACAAAAUGUUAAUAAUAUCUUCAACAUCUUUGAUUGCACAACCCUUUUCAAGUAGCACCUAUUUACAUCUAAAUGCUAUUUGGUGUCCAAGAGAUCAACCCUGAAGUUCAAUGGGGUGACAUGGUUCAGCCACCUCACUCUCCAUUUGAUCUGAUGAGCAGCUGUGCUGGCCAAGAGUCAGCAAACUUGCCAGGUACCUAAUGUCUCUUUGGCUUAACUUCUUUCCUCUGUAAGACCAGGAUAAUACAUACCUGGAAAGGUUAGUGAAGUUUUUAACUGAAAUAAUGUAUGAAAAGUAUAUUUUAUAUAGGAAUUGCAUGGUAAUGGUUACUCUUAGUAAUGUUCUUAGUAAGACACAAUAAAAAUGGAUUAUUUAAGCCAAA